AUGCCUUUAAUGUUUCACAACUGUAAUGGCAAAAUUUGGUUGUUUGUGAACCAUGGUUUUAUAGCUACUUUGAUUAGUGAUACUGAGCAACAAUUAUCCCUGAAUUUGUGCAGCCAGACACUUGGUAUUUCUUUCUUGGUGACUACUGUUUAUGCAAAGUGUGAUAAAAAUCUGAGGAUGGACUUGUGGGACGAUAUUCUUUCUCUGUCCAAUGGAAUCAGCAGGCCUUGGAUCUUAGGAGAUUUUAAUGCUGUUUUGAAUGGUGUAGAAAAGAUAGGAGGGAUCCCAGUGGUUGCUGUUGAUGUUGAAGAUUUCAAUAAUUGUGUUGAAGCCUGUGAUGUUUUGCAAAUUCAAUAUAAGGAGCAUGAAGAUUUUAAAGAAGUGGUUAGGAGGGGUUGGGAUUCAAGCUUUACAAAUAAUCGUUUUCUUGACUAUAAAAGGAAGAUCAAGCAGGUGAAAAAGGCUCUCACUAUAUGGAGUAGACAGACAUAUGAGGAUAUCUUUCAACAACUACUCAUCAGGGAAGAGAUAGCCAAACUGAAAGAGAAACUAUUUGAAGAGUUCCCCUCUCAGGAGAAUAGAGCAGUCAUGCAAAAAGCUAAAGCUGACAUAGUGAAAGGGCGAAGAAACAGAUUGAAGGUGACAAGAAUUCUUAAUGAGCAGGGUUGUUGGGUAGAGGAAGAAGACCAAAUUGUUAAUGAAGCAAUAGACUAUUAUCAGAAACAAUUCACUCAAGAGAGGGAUGCAUCUAAUUUUCCACUAUUGCAUCACAUUCCAGAACUAGUUACAGAGGAAGACAAUGCAGUUUUAGGGGCAAUACCAGAUGAACCAGAAAUAAGGAAGGCAGUCUUCAGCUUAAAUGGUGACAGUGCUUGUGGGCCAGAUGGAUUAUCAGGAAGGUUUUUUCACUCUUGCUGGGAUAUAGUAGGUGUUGAGGUGGGUAGAAUGGUGGUAGAGUUCUUUGCAGGAAACACCCUCCCAAAGUCUAUUACUCAUACUAAUCUAGUACUCAUCCCGAAAAAAGACAAUGUGCAGUCUUUUUCAGACCUGAGGCCUAUUAGCUUGAGUAACUUUGUUAAUAAGAUUUUAUCAAGAAUUGUACAUGAUAGAUUGGAGAAUAUUCUUCCCAAAUUGAUUUCUCCUAACCAGUCUAAUUUUGUCAAAGGGAGAAAUAUCAUUGAGAAUGUGUUCUUAACACAGGAAUCGGUUGCUGAUAUAGGGAAAAGAGGAAAACCUUCUAAUGUAAUCUUGAAGUUGGAUAUGGCUAAGGCCUAUGACAGAGUAUCUUGGUUUUUUUAA